AGUUCCCAGCUUUUGCUUUGUUGUGGGCGGGCCGAGUAGGCGGGGCCACUGGAUAAUGCCAGGCGCAGGGGGCGGUGGCUUUCAAUCUUGGAGGCGGGUCUGUGGCAGGACUGGGCUGCUCGCUUGCUGUGCCAUCCCUCCCGCGCCUCCUCACCGCCAGCAUCUGUAGGGCUCGCCUCGGCCGCCACUCAUGGCGCUCUAGUGGCUGUAGUUCAUCCCUAAAGUUCCCUUGCGCCCUCGGGGCCGCUCCAUUGCCCGGCAUGGCGCCGCGGAGUUCCUCGGACAAGCGUGGAAUGGACUCUCCUGAUUCCCCACUGCAGCAGCCUGCGUGCGCCUGUCCGAAACGUUGCGGGAGCUGCCGGCUCUUUCUGGGCUUUUUCGCCCUGUCCUUGUCUUUACACCUGGUGACCAUCUGCUGCUAUCUUGAGCUGCGCUCGGAGCUCAGGCGGGAGCUGUCUAGGGGUUCGGGGACUAGUGAAGCUCCUGGAGGGAAUUUGCAGCAGUGGAGGACUGCUUUGCGACUGGCUGACAUGCAGCAGCACUCCGACCGGCGACAGGUAGCGCUGCUAAAUAGCUUGAGUGCUGAAGUGAAAUCACAUCUGGAAGAAGAAAGCAGGCAUUUACGGAGGACAAGAAGGAACAAAGGCAGCGAAGGCUCUGAGAGUCCGGGGCCAGCCAAAAACAAGAAAAAAGGUAAGAAGAUUGGUCCUCCAGGGCCAAUAGGUCCACCAGGAUCCACAGGGUCACCUGGACCACCAGGACCUCCAGGAAUACCAGGUAUCCCUGGAAUACCAGGCACAGCAGUGAUGGGUCCACCAGGGCCUCCCGGACCACCAGGGCCUCAAGGUCCCCCUGGAAUUCAGGGUCCAACAGGUGCUACUGACAGAGCAGGACCUAGAGAGACCCAGCCAGCUGUUGUGCAUCUGCAAGGGCAAGGUUCCGCAAUACAAGUUAAAAAUGAUCUUUCAGGUGGAAUCCUCCAUGACUGGUCUCGCAUUGCCAUGAACCACAGGGUGUUUAAGCUGCACACCCGAAGCGGUGAACUGGAGGUGUUGGUGGAUGGUACCUACCUCAUCUAUAGUCAGGUAGAAGUUUACUAUAUAAACUUCACAGAUUUAGCAAGUUACGAGGUGGUAGUGGACGAGAAGCCCUUUCUCCAGUGCACGCGCAGCAUUGAGCCUGGAAAGACUAACUUCAAUACCUGCUACACUGCCGGUGUCUGUCUCUUAAAGGCCAAGCAAAAGAUUGCAGUAAAGAUGGUCCACUCCGAUAUAUCUAUUAAUAUGAGCAAACAUACAACUUUCUUUGGAGCCAUCCGUUUGGGAGAGGCACCUGGAUCAUAAGGCUGGCAGGGCAGCCAUGAACCUAUUCCUGACCGCACAAGGUCGCUGCCCAAAGAUUUUUCCAUUCUUCAAACACCAAAAACACCUGGGGAAUUCGGCCUUUCGGUCCUUAUGCCACGUGAAACAAAUAUGGGAGCGUAUAAGGAAAUCCGGCCCUUGGGAUAAACCUGAUGGAGAAGAAUGUGACGAUUUCUGUUCUGGUUUUGCUACACUGUGAUUCCCAAAUCCUUUGGAAGAGGCAGCAGCAAAAAUUCUGCCCUGAAAACAGAUCCUUUCUUCCAGUGUUCUUAUAGACUUUGUGAUAUUUCUUGCACUAGUUGGCUGCCACAAAUGAAACGUAAAAAAGCCGGUGAACUCCUCGGAUAGUCGUUGAGAUACAAAACAAACCCACUUGAUUGUGUCACCCCCUUCCGUUCAUGUUUCAUAUAUACACUAAAAAAAGAUCAUUACUCACUGUAUUCAGCUUUAGUAUUCUGCAGUCCUGAAAGGAAAAAAUAUUUCAGAUUUAACAGUGCAGAUAUCAGAGCUAUGAUAGUAAAAAUGCCUUUGUUAAAGACGCAGUUAGUGUGCAUUUAAAAUACCUAAAUUUAUCUUUUUUUUUUUUAAAUAUUUAUUUCAGUUUUAUAAAGUAUUUGUCCUUGGCCAAGUUAUUGCAUCACGUAACUGAGCAUUUUCUUUUUGCUGCGAGUAACUGUAAAACAAAUUUUACCGAAAUAUGUCAUUAAGAGAAGUUCUAU